UAUUUAUGAUAUAGCAGAACAAGUUAAGAACAUUCUUGGAGUACUUCAUUCCGUCUCCGCCUCUUAUACUUUUUUAGGUGCUUAUAAAAAUCUUAUAUAAGUUUCUCUCAUCAUUUUAAUUCCAUCCUACCUUCCUUCCAGCACUUCAAUUAGUUUUGCCCUUUGAGUUUGUUGCAAUUGAAUAUAGGCUAACUAGCAUGAAUAGAGCAAGAUCUUUCUUACAGUCUCCAACAUAUGGAAACCUCAUCACUAUUCUUAGCAUUGAUGGUGGUGGAGUCAGAGGAAUUAUUCCAGGAACUAUUCUUGCGUUCUUGGAAUCUGAGCUCCAGAAACUGGAUGGCGAGGAAGCAAGAAUUGCAGAUUACUUCGAUGUGAUAGCCGGGACCAGCACAGGUGGACUUGUAACAGCCAUGCUUACUGCCCCUGACGAAAAUAAUCGCCCGCUGUUUGCUGCCAAAGAUAUCAACAGCUUCUAUCUUCAACACUGUCCUAAAAUAUUCCCUCAAGAUAGAAGUUGUUUGAGCGGCAUCCUUCCGUUUGCUAGCGCAGCCCAAACGAUUAAAGCCCUAACAGGUCCCAAAUAUGAUGGAAAGUAUUUACGUAAAGUACUCGAGGAAAAAUUAGGAGAUCUACGACUUAACCAGACAUUGACCAAAGUUGUGAUCCCAACUUUUGACAUCAAACUACUCCACCCAACUAUCUUCUCCAGCUAUGAGGUGAGAAGGAACCCCAGCCUAGACGCUUUGCUCUCAGAUAUAUGCAUAGGAACUUCAGCAGCGCCAACAUAUCUUCCAGCUCACCAGUUUGAAACCACCACUCCCGAUGGCCGUGUCAGACAAUUCCAUCUCAUUGAUGGAGGUGUUGUUGCCAAUAACCCGGCUUUGGUUGCUAUGAACGAAGUGUCGAAGGAAAUCCACAGGGGGAAUCCUGACUUCUUUCCAAUAAAGCCAACGGAAUACGGUCGGUUUCUGGUAGUGUCGUUGGGAUGUGGAUCACCAAAAUCAGAGCAGAAGUACAGUGCUCAUGAAGCUGCAAAGUGGGGUUUUUUGGGAUGGUUGCACGCCCACAAUUCCAAUCCCUUGGUGGAUAUAUUUACUCAAGCUAGUAGUGACCUCGUUGAUUUCCACCUUUCUACCGUCUUUCAAGCUCUCCACUCCCAUAAAUAUUACCUUCGAAUUCAGGAUGAUACACUCGAUGGAACAACACUCCCUUCGGUGGAUAUUUCUACUACUGAAAAUUUGAACAAUCUCGUAGAAGUUGGACAUAAAUUGUUGAAGAAACCAGUGUCAAUGGUGAACUUAGAGACUGGUAUUUAUGAGCCUUGUCACGAAGAUACAAAUGAAGAGGCUCUCGUAAGAUUUGCUAACAUACUUUGCAAAGAGAGAAGGGCUCGCGAAGCUAGAUCACCAUAUGGAAAAUCAAAAUCUGCAACUCCCAAACUGGACACCAUUGAUUCCGUUUAAUAGUUAAUCCCCAAAAAAGACAAUCAUUAAUUUGUGUUGUGCUUCCAAAAAGGGAUGCCAAUUAUUUAUUUUUCUUAUGUAAUUUAAUUUAGUUAAAACGUCGUUCUUGAAUAUUUCUUUGUCCUUCUAUGAGAAAUUUAUUAUAGAUUUAA